AAGAGCAGUUACAAGUUGUUAGUUUGUAAAGAUUAGUUGUUAAACUUGUAAAGCUUCUUGAUAUAAGGAGCAGAGUUUGUAGAAUGAGGGUUAUGAAUAGAAUUACAGACUUAAGACUCUUCUUUUUCCCUCUGAGAUUCUCUUUCUUUCUUCUCUGAGUCUCUCUCUGUCUUCCUUUCUUCAUUUCUAUGAGAUUCGCAACAAUGGUAUCAGAGCUGGUUUAUUCUUGGCCAUGGAUUGAAAGUUGCUCUCAAGAAUCGAAUUAGGUUUCUUUCCCUGAAAUUUCUCUCUCUUUUCCAUCUCUAAAUUUAUUGAAUUUCUUGUUCUACUCUUUCUUGUUCUCUCUGGAAUUUCUUGAGUCAAUUCUUUUUUUCAACUUUCUUUUCUUGAACCUUUCCUUAGUUCCAUUUUCUUUCAUCUUUCCCUGUUGUUCCAUUUCUCGUCUGCAACAAGAACCAUGGACCAUUUUCCUUUUGAAAUCACAAGAACAUUGUUGGAAUUGAAUGAUAGAAGAUGCAAGGGUUUCUGUUUGUAGUCUGAAGAAACUUAUUCAGUGAGCCACAAUCAUUCUAAGGCCCCAUUAUUUGUGACCAUCAUUAAUGAAGAAGAAGAUCAACAGGAGUUUGUGCAAAUUCAGGGUGCAAGUGAGCUAGAAAAUCAAAUGAAUCACAAUUUGUAGCUGUUGAAACUUGUGAAAAAGAAGAUGAGCAUCUAGAGAUUGCAGAAAAAGUGAAUGCUGUGAUUUCGGAUCCAGUCAAACUUAAGUCUGAAUCUCAAUUUAUAGCUGCUGAAACUUGUGAAUCUUGUCUUUUUGAUGUUAUGACACUGGAUUCAGUUGAUAGUAUGCAGUUAGAAGAGGAGUCUGCUGAAAAUACAGAAUCAAAGGAGGCCAGGAAUGUUGAAAAGUGAAGGAUUUGAGGGAAUUGGGAAGUGGAGAUGAGGAGGCAAAGGUUGGCUUGAUCGAAUUAGUUCUCUCAAAACCUUGCGAGAGGGAAAAUAAAUGGAAAUGUGGAGCUUGUUCAAGAGAAAGAUAAUGAAGUGUCUUCAGUGUGUGUAGAGGAGACACAGAAGAGUAAUGAACCUGAAAUGGCGGUAAUGAAUGAGGACUUUCAGGGGGAUUACAAUAGGAAUGAUGAAUGUCAAGAAAGGACCAGUGGUUCAUUGCUAAAUUCCAUGAAUAAUGACGGUUUAAUUAAAAGGAAUGAUUUGGAUGAGGUUAUGAUGGAUUCUGUUGACAGUCUGCAGAAGAAGAGAAGCUCAAUGCCUGUUGAUGAAGGUGGAUUUUUUAAAAAUGUGAUGUACCGUGAUCUCAAGCCAUAGAAUUUCUUGCUGGCUAGCAAGGAUGAGGGAGCCAUGUUGAAGGCCACUGAUUUUGGAUUAUCUGUGUUCAGUGAAGAAGAGAAAAAGAAACUGAUCGAUAAUGAGAAGAUUAAGUGCAGAUGAAACAAAUGUUCAGUGGAGAUUCAACUGGGUAUUUGAGUAGGAUCAAAUGCAUGAUGAAGUGAAAUUGUGCCCUGCAAGAGUUCAGUUCAAUUAGCUGAGAUUCCUUAGAGAGGAAAGUGCUCAACCAUCCAGCUGUUAGCCAAAUAGUUCAUCCUAUUAUCUUAGAUUCAUAAUCAAAAUGACAUCAUUUUCCACAAACAACAAAGUCUUUUAUUCUGCCUUAAAAAAAUGGCAAGAGAAAGUGUUGUUGGCAGUCCAUAUCAGAUUCACACUUCCACACAAGACUUGACUUAGUUAAAGCAAACAAAUUCUUUUAUUUUGCCGUGUUAAAAAUGCAAGAAAAAGUGAUGCUGGGCAGUCCAUAUCAGCUUCACCCUUCCACAGGAGACUUGACUCGGUUAUAAAGCAAACAAAUUCCAAAGACUUGCCAAUCUUCCUAUGCUAUUUUACUCAAAAGCCCAUAUAAUAGUCAACAAAUGCACUUUAUCCAUUGACUAUAAAGUGACCCAUCAUGAUCAAUGGUUAGAAUAAUACCAUUGUGCAUACAAUGGUUGCACUCAAUAAUUUUCUCCAUUUUAAACAUAUGAUGAGUGGUGGAACAUUUGCCAAGUAGUUGAUCAAGAGAAAUAUCUGCGUAAAAAUACUGAAAUGAGGGUAAUUAAGCAGCUGUUGGUUGCUUUAGUAAUAGCUUCAUUAUUAGAGGGAUGGUGGAGCUGUGAUGGUUGUUUGGAUGAUGAGAGAAAUGCUCUUUUACAACUCAAGGCUUCUUUCAAUAAUCCUCUUGAAAUAUCACUCUCUUCUUGGGGUAUAUAUACUGAUGACUGUUGUAAAUGGGAAAACAAUCACUGCAACUCCACCACAGGACGAGUUUCCCAACUCACUAUUUGGAGCAAUGGUUGGUAUUUAACAGAUUGGUACUUCAAUGCCUCUUUGUUUCUUCCCUUCCAAGAAUUGACGAGUCUUAGCUUACUACACAGUUUUAUUGAUUGUGUUGAGAAUGAAGGUUUUGAAAGAUUAGAAAGUCUCAACAAGUUGGAGUUUCUUGAUUUAGAUAGAAGCUGGUUCAACAACAUGAGCAUAUUAUCAUCUAUUGGCCAUCUUUCAUCUUUAAAAUCAUUAAGUUUAGCCUACAUCGGAUUGGAAAGUGUAACUGAUAUUCAAGGACUAUCAAGACUCGAAAAUUUGGAGUUUCUUGAUUUGUCAUACAACAACUUCAACGAUAGUAUCAUACCAUCUUUAAGUGUCUUUCCAUCUUUAAAAUCAUUAAAUUUAGCCUACAACAGAUUGGAAAGUGUAACUAAUUUUCAAGGGCUAUCAAAACUUGAAAAAUUGGAGUUUCUUGAUUUGUCACACAACAACUUCAACAGUAGUAUCACACCAUUUUUUAGUGACUUAUCAUCUUUAAGAUCAUUAUAUCUAUGGGACAAUAUACUCACAGGAACGAUUGAUAUUAAAAGAGUAUCGAAACUUGGAAAUUUGGAAUUUCUUGAUAUAAGUUUUGACAACGUCGGCAAUGGUUUCCUAUCAUCCUUUGUUGAUCUUCCAUAUUUAAAAAAAUUAUUUCUGUAUCAACGUGGAUUGAAAGGACUAAUCGAUAUUCAAAAAUUAAGUAAUGGAACAAGCUUAAAGUUCUUGAAUUUAGCUGGCAAUGAAAUUGAAUCCCUUAAAUCAUUCCAAGGUGGUGGUAAAGAGUUACAGAAGCUGAGCAAUUUGGAAUAUCUUGAUUUGAGCUAUAAUCGCCUGGAUAACAAUAGUCUAUCAUCUCUUAGGAGACUUUCAUCUCUCAAGUUUUUGAAUAUGGAAUACAAUCUCUUAGAAGGAUUAAUAAAUAUGGAAGAUAUGAGACUCGUCAGGAAUUUGAGUGCUCUUUUCCUUGAUAACUUUUCCUUGAUAACAUUAAGACCCAUGGAAGAAGCAGCAUUCAGCUGGAAUUACUGGGAGCAUAUCCAUUUCUCAAGACCCUUUCUCUAACAGAUAAUAGCUUCAAAGGAGCAAUAUUUGCUCAAGAGCUGCGUAAUUUGACAAGCGUGGAAGAGUUGUUUCUGGAUCAUUCCUCACUUGAUGAAGAGUCUUUUAAGAGCUUUGGAGUAUUGCCUUUCCUUCAAUUUUUGUCUAUGAAAGCCCUCAAUGCUACCCUACCUACUC